AUGGCCUCCCCAUCACAGCGACUAUUGCACCAGAAAGGCCAGUCAUCUCUCUCCCUUCCUGCUGGAAACUACAUCUACUCUCUGUGUCAGAGCGGUGAUGAUGCGUUGGUCGCGAUUUCAUCGGAUAACUCGCUACGGUGCUUUGAUCGCCAGACAUUAAAUAUCCUUCCUGACGGGAUUUUCGAAAACAUCCAUCCCGGUCGCGGUGGCGGGGUGACUUGCGUUUGUGAGGUCCAUACCACCGCGUUUGGAGGGAAGAACCUGGUUGCUACUUCGGGUAGAGAUGGGACGAUAAAGCUGUGGGAUGUCAGGGAUAAGAGGACAGAUGCAGCCGUAAAAGUCACUGCAGAUGAGUCGGCACCUAUCACCGCACUUGACUGUAGCCUAGAACCAUGCACAAUUGUCGCUGGCACCGAAUUUGUGUCAUCACAAUCCUCAGUGAUAUUUUGGGACAUAAGAUCUCCUGGGCAGCCCCGUUUGCAAUACACGGAGAGCCACAACGAUGAUAUAACUGAGUUGCAAUUUCACCCUACUCGACAUAAUAUCCUCCUAUCGGGAAGCACAGACGGACUAGUCAACAUCUAUGACACAACCAUUUCGGACGAAGACGACGCCAUUCUACAGGUCGUUAAUCAUGGGUCGAUCCAUCGAGCUGGUUUCCUGGAUGAACAGGCGAUCUUCGCCCUAAGUCAUGACGAGGUCUUCUCAAUCCACCCUUUGAACAAUCCCGGCGAGAACGCUCCGGAUCCUGCAGCUAUCCAGUUUGGUGAUCUCCGUCCUGUACUACAAAACGAUUAUGUUGUGCAGGUUCUUGAUGGACAUGGGGGUACAUUUGUGGCCUCCGGGAAAACGAGUGAACAACGGUUCGACCUCACACCCCUGAUCUCGUCACCCAAGUAUGACCUCGACCUCUCCAAGAGGUGGAUAAUGCCGGGGGCCCAUGGUGAAGAAAUUGUUCGAUCAGUAUUGCUGGAUGAUAAUUCAAAAACGAUUUUCACCUGCGGAGAAGACGGGCACGUCCGUGCGUGGAAGCUCAACGAGAGAGACCAGGAAGAAGUCAGGCAUUCACCAUCGAAAGUUCCCAGCAAGCACACUACGCAGGAAGACAUGGAGCGAACGAAAAGUCAUCGAUCGAAAACAAAAGUUCGUAAAGAGAAACGGCAAAAAGAGUGGGGAUUCAAACCAUAUUAA